GUGGGAGCAGAGUGAACAUAAGAGUCGACUCUGAGGUGAAGGUGUUUGUGUAAUGAACCGGACGCAAAACAAAUACAUACCGAGCAGACAUGACCCUGACAGAUGCAAGAGCUUGUAUUUGAUGCCCCAGCACGAUGGAGAGAGGCGACAGAAGUGGCAGCAUGUCACAUGGGGAAGAAGACGACCCGGGCUUCCCUGUUGUUAGCUCCACCAUGUCCAUUGACAACCUCUUCCCAGCUCUCUUGGAGUGCUUUGGGAUAAUACUGUGCGGAUACAUCGCAGGGAGGACAGGCAUCAUCACGUCCACUCAAGCCAAAGGAUUAGGGAAUUUUGUGUCCAAGUUUGCCCUCCCAGCGCUGCUGUUCAAAAACAUGGUACUGUUGGACUUUGGUAAUGUCGUCUGGCCAUUUCUGUGGAGCAUCCUCAUCGCCAAAGUGUCCGUGUUUUUCAUUGUCCUUGUCCUUACAUUAAUAGUUGCCCGCCCUGAUAGUCGUUUUAGUAAGGCGGGGCUCUUCUCCAUAUUUGCCACUCAAAGCAAUGAUUUUGCUUUGGGAUUCCCCAUUGUUGAGGCCCUAUAUAGAAACACAUUUCCAGAGUACCUGCAGUACAUCUACCUGGUAGCGCCUGUGUCCCUGAUGCUGCUGAACCCCAUUGGCUUUGCUUUCUGUGAGAUCCAGAAGUGGAAAAAUGAGGGAAACCGCCAGCAGAGCAAGCUUGUGAUUGUGGGAGUUGUAGUUUUACAGGUCCUGAAGAACCCCAUAGUGUUCAUUGUUAUCAUUGGCAUCAUCGCCCACUUCCUCCUGAACCAGACAAUCCCAGCUUUCAUGGUCGAGUUUGUGGAUGGCCUGGCUAACUCUUUUGGGGGAGCAGCUCUGUUCUACUUGGGUCUGUCCAUGGUUGGCCAGUUGGGGAAGUUAACCAGAUCCACAGUUGUGACCCUGAUAUUACUAAUUACAGCAAAACUGUUGUUGAUGCCCCUGCUUUGUAAAGACAUGGUGGAUCUGCUGGACAAUAGCAACACCAGCUCCCUGAACCACUCCAGCCUCUCCAACUAUGCCUUUCUUUAUGGAGUCUUCCCCACUGCACCAAGCGUGGCUAUCUAUGCUGCCCAUUAUAACGCAGAGCUAGAAGUUGUUACCUCUGGGAUGGUAAUAAGCACAUUUCUGUCUGCUCCGUUGAUGUAUGUUUCUGCCUGGUUGCUUACAAUUCCUUGGAUGGAUGCUAAACUUUUGAUGAAUUCACUGCAGUCUGUCAGCUUCAAUGUGAGCAUAGUGAGCUUACUUGCACUGAUAUGGACAAUAGCUGUCAUGUUUUUAAGUAAGAAAUUCAAGAGACUACCUCACAUUUUUGCUAUUAACCUUUUCCUGGCACAGUUUCUGACCUGUAUCGGGAUGAUCAUGUGGAACUUUGUGGUGAGGGCUGACAGCUUCAUCGGGCAGGUCCUGACGUUCACGCUUUUAUACACUUCACUCUACAGUACUUUUGUGUGGCCAGGUAUAAUAGCACUCUCUCUUGUGCUACUGAAAAGGGAUGAGAACCUCAAAGUUUCAGCAGGCAUCCUGGUGAUAGCAGGCUGGGGGGUUCCAGCUGUAUUAAUUGCACUUUUGCUCAUUGUUGGGGAAAAAAUGCCUGACACAAUUGACUCAGCUUUCUUUUAUGGCAGAUCACAGAUAAUCUGCACCUCAGUUGUGCUUGCUCUCAGCAUCCUGCUGGGAGGGGGCUCUCUGAUAUGCCUCUGUAGAGAGAGCUGGGACCAAAAUUACCAAGUUCUGGAGAGAGACUUUUCAUUUGGCACUGCCGAGGAUCUUGUAGAAGAAGACAGCCAAAAUGUGCUUAACCAAGCCACCUCACCUGGAGGCACAGACAGAGACUGCCUGAUAUGUGACUGUGCACCAGCCCAGCCCAUGCCCGAUAUGAUUAUCAGCACAACAAUGAACAACACACCAACUGUGCUCUCAGGUCAAUGUGGGAAUAGUUGUGAGUCUCCAGAUUGUUUGCUCGUCCAGGAGGAGCAGCUCCAGCAGGUCGCAGAUAGACAACUGGGCCGUCAUGCACUCUUAUGUCUGCUUCUGAUUGUCAGCUUGCUUGCUAAUUUGUCUAGCUGCCUGUGGUUGCUCUUCAACCGUGUUCCUGGUAGACUUUAUCUUGAGCUGCAGUUCUUCUGUGUUGUGGCCAACUAUGGACAGGGAUUCCUCUCAUUUGGGCUGUUUGGGCUGGACAAGCAUUUGAUUAUACUGCCAUUUAAGAAGAGAAUAUACAGCCUGUGGAAUGGGAGGAAGAAGGAACAGCAGCCAGAGACAGAUCUACCUGACGAUGUCAGGAUGACUUGCACGCAGUUCACCAGAUACCACAAGGACCAGUGUUUUCGGGACAUUGUCCAAAAGAGAAGGUGCGGGGAGAGGACUGUGGUGGACUCUUUCCUCGGCUGUGAACUGGUGGAGUGGCUGCAGCAGGUGGGCUUGGCCCAGGACCAUGGUGAGGCAGUGCUUUAUGGCACUCGGUUACAGCAGGGUGGUGUGCUGCAGCACAUCAAGCAGGAACAUGGUUUCCAGGACAGUCGCCUAUAUUAUCGCUUCACCACAUAAGGCCCAAGAGUCAAAUUUAAGGUUCGGCUUCAUUUAUCCCAAAGUGGGUAAUUAGCCUUGCAGGACAUUAAUAAUAACUACACAUCAGAUACGUCAUCUCAGGUCAUGAAGGGAAGGAAGCAGGAAGUGACCAGCUAUAAAUAACUCUGACCUUUAAGACAAUUCAAUAUGGAAGACUUCAUCAUACUCUUUAGGCAACAGCUUAGCUAGCAGGCAGUACUAAUCCUAAGGAGUGACUCAGUUUUUGCUGCUUUUUGCAUACAUUGUUAUGCAGCCACCACAUGCACUAAGCACUUGUUAGUUUUUAUAGUAUCAUUGUUGUCUUUUAUAAUAUAACGACAGCACAAACGCAAGCCAUUGUGAAAAUUUAAAUAAAUAAUCAUCAUUAAUGAGAAAUUAUCAUAUGUUAGCAUGGCCUCAGAAAGCUCCUAAGUGUCUGAAAAAUGAGUCAGUCACACCUCAGGGAAUGUAAACGUGUCCGUUCACCUGAAUGUUAUCUAAAUUAUUUUAUCUUACAUUUCACUUAGAAAUAAUGAGGGAUCAUUUCAUAACUGCAUUAUCCUUAACAGAAAUUUUGAAUGUUAUGAAGCUCCAGCAAAUCUGCUGUAAUUCAUUUUGUCUCUCAGGUUACUUGGGAAUGUAACAAGUGGGAAUAUAACAAGAAUAUAACAAGGGAACUAACUGUGCCACAGCAAGAAUUUUUUGUUGCUUUUGUAUUUGUAUUGUAAGUGCAAGUGAUUUAUCUUCUAUUAGCCUUUGGUGGUAUUAGCAACAUGGUGGAUGUAGACAAAAGUGAAUUGUGCACACAACUUGUUUGGUAAUGUGUUUUAUUGAUUUGUCUUUUCACUGAAAUUGCGAGAACAGAAUGUCCAACGCACAUUUUAUGUCAAGGGCUGCCUAUUUAUAUUCCUAUUUUUUUGUUGUUUUUUUUAAAUAAAAGGCAUUAC